AUGGGUGUGGUACUGAACCUGAACCGUCUACAAGCACAACGCUUGCUAGACCGGCUUUUGAGGACGAUCAUCAUCUUAGGACGACAUAUUGAGGGCCAUUGGGUCCUUGGUAUGAUUGAAGACAAUUCAGAAGAUCUGAGAUUGGAAGUGUGCUCAGAUAAUAUUCGCUCAGCGGAAGUAUUAGUUCCUCUAAUACAGAAACACGUAGAAGUUGGCACGACCAUCCACACUGACUUCUGGCGAGCAUAUGAUUGCUUGUCUGAGCAUGGAUACCUUCAUAAGAAGGUCAACCACUCUGAUCCAGACAACCCCUUUGUGGCUGAAGAUGGAACACAUACUCACAGAAUCGAGUCUCAAUGGAGAGCAGUUAAGAGAUUUUUUAAGAAAGACAAUUAUAAUUAUAAUAAUACAGAAAAUUUCACUGAUCAUUUAUACGAAUACCUAUGGCGGCGAAACAAUAUAAAAUAUAAAAAAGACCCAUUAAUUAGAGUUAUCAAAUAUGUCUAUAAAUUAAACACUGACUGA